AUGACAACUACUACUUCAUCAUCGUUGGCAGAUUCAACGGAUAUUAAUAAUGUAACCGCAUCAAAUCAAGAAUUAGACUUAGCUUUUAUAAUUGAUGCCACUGGCAGUAUGUCCUCAUAUAUUUUAUCAGCGCAAAAGAAUAUGAUCAAUAUUAUAGACGAGAUUGUUCGCAGUGAACGUUGUUUAUUAAAUGUUGCUUUAAUACUUUAUCGUGAUCAUCCACCACAAGAAAUGUCAUUUAUUAUACAAGUGAACGAUUUUACAGAUGAUAAAGACCAAGCAAAGUCUUUUAUUGAUAGUGCUUCUGCAGCAGGAGGAGGUGAUCUUCCAGAAGCAAUAGCUCCAGCUCUCGACGCAGCAGUUAAUGUACUAUCAUGGAGAAAGAAUUCAGUGAAAAUAGCAUUAUUAAUCGCCGAUGCACCUCCACACGGACUCCUUACUUAUGGAGAUACAUGGCCUCUUGGUGAUCCAUCUGGUUGUGAUCCAAUGAAUACCGUGGCUCUUAUGGCAGAAAAAAGCAUUACUCUAUAUUCUGUGGGCUGUGAACCAGCAGUAUCAAGUUAUCGCGACUUUUUUAUGGCCAUCGCAUUUAAAACGGGAGGACAAUAUAUUCCUCUUGAUCAUGCUGGAAACUUAGCAGCAGUAAUAAUUGGCUCUGCACAAGAAGAAAUUAGUCUUGAAAAAUUAAUGGCUCAAGUUCAUGAAGAAGUAAUGAAAGAAGCUGCUGCAAGAGGAGGACCAGUAGACGAGAUAGAAUUAACAAGACGUAUACAGGAUCUUCUGAAGAAUGGAGGCACAAAAACAAAACGGUUAAAAAUCGACAAUAACGCUAUACCGUCUAUUACUACAAAGGCAGAACAAUUAUCAAAGAUGACCACAAUGCAAGAAGUUCGAGAUAAUUGGACAUCAACUGGAUUCACUACCAGCACGAUGACUACAGCAAUGAUACCAAAAGGGCGUGGAAAACCUAGAAAAGCUUCAUGUAUUACUACCACAACAAUUGCUACAGCUAAAACAGCUUCGAGCGAUUAUGAACCAAAGGUGACAACAACAACACCACCAACAACAACAACAACUCGUUCAAAACGUAAAGUUGCCGAAACCAUAACAUCUGUUAAGAAAAAGAAACCAUCAGCCGAAUCUAGCGCUGGCAAACGUCGUAGUACAAGAUUAGCUUUCAAUAAUCCAGAAGAUGCUGAAAAAUACAUAGACGAAACAGGUGGUGAUACGGAAACUUCAGAAGAAGAAGAAGAGACAGACAAAAAAGAUGUGGCUUCACCUCCAAAACCAACAAAAUUGAUCAAAAAGUUAUCCAGUGUUCAUCUUGAUGAAGAUGAAUUAUUAGAUAUUAGUCAAACGCGAAGACUUGUGCGCAAAUCUGUUGCCAGAAAUAAAUUGAAAUCAAAAUAG